CCCAUAAUUCCCUUUUAUAAUAUGCAAAUAAGAAUAUUCGUUUAGGACAACAAUGGCGGAAGUGUCAACACCGUGUCGAUGCCUCUUUAGGCUUUUCUUCCUGAUAACUACGUUUCUGUUCAUUUCAACGACCUGUUUAGAUGUUGAAUAUAAGUUGCAUAUAUCACCUGAUCACAAACAAACAGUAGUAGAACAUCAAAGUUUAGAGAGCAACCAUCGGUAUAAACGACAGGCAAAUGAUACAGCUUCACCAGUAUCUUCAGCAGCAACAACAACAACAGCACCAUCAAUACCUGUAACAAGUCAAUCAUCGACAGAGAAACCCAUACCAGUACCUGUGACAGAGAAAUCAACAACGGUAUCAGUUGUGAACACAUCUCCACCUUCACCUACUCCAAGCACAACUCCCCAGACGAAGACAACUGCAAAGACUGAUGUGAAAAAAGACAGUACAUCGUCUCCUAUUCAAACUACCACACCUAUUUCUAAAAUCAUUGAGGAUGACCAUAGUUAUUAUCAAUCUAAGGUGUUGCCUAACAGUAUUAAUGAACAUUGGAUUGAUUUGCCCACCACUAAACAACAUAAAACAUUAUCAAAGAGUCAUCGAACUGCUGUGACAAUUGAUUUGAAUUUUCCAUUCCGUUUUUAUGGACAUAACAUUACCAAUGUUACUGUGGCAACAGGAGGAUUUCUAUAUACAAGUCCUUUCCUACAUCAAUGGCUGACAGCUACUCAGUAUAUUGCACCUUUAAUGGCCAACUUUGAUACAAGAAUAAGUAAUGCUUCUGGAGUAUAUUAUGAUAAUUCAGGUGAUCGUUUUGUUGUUCAGUGGAAGUCUGUACAAUUACAGGAUCAAAAUGACACCAAUCCAUUUGAGUUUGAAGUCAUCUUAUCGAGUGAUGGUGUCAUCAAAUUUUUAUAUAAAACUAUUCCCCUUGCUGUGUCAUCUAUAUCUGAUAGCAGUCAUCCAGUGAAGAUUGGUUUGUCUGAUGCCUUCUAUAUAGACACUUACUUACAACAGUAUGGAAUUCGACGAAGAACGAUAUAUGAAUACCACAGAGUAGCAUUUACUACAGAUAAAGUUAAAUCAGGAACUGUCAUCAUUCUAUCACCAUUGCCAACGUGUAACACUAUAUCCGAUUGUGGAGAAUGUAUCAUACAUCAGAAUGUCAAGUUUCAAUGUAAUUGGUGUGAGAGAGUUGAACGUUGUUCUGAUGGCAUAGAUUGGCACCGACAGUCCUGGUUGGAAAAAGGCUGUAAAGAUUUAGACAAUAAUAAGAAACAAUGUCCUGCAAAAACUCCUGUGAUGUCAACAACGACUCAAAAUGUUCCAAUGUCAACUACAAAACAAAUACCCAGUACAACUACCAAAGCAGUAACAUUUACAACCAGAGCUGCAGGUGACCACGAUACUGUGAUAGCCAAUGAUUCAGCAUCUGCAGGAUUCCCUGUAGCAGCUGUUAUUGCCAUUAUAUUUAUUCUGAUUUUAAUCAUAGCAUUGGGAGUUUGGCUGUUCUAUGCCUACACACAUCCUACAUCAACAUCUGGCAUGUGGUUACUUGAAAACCGUCCCAGUCGAAUGAAGGAAAAACUGGCGAAAAUGACUUUUUGGAAGAAAACCACAUCGGCCGGGACACAGUACCAAGUAGAAUCAACUGCAUAAUAUAACAAGUUUUUAGCAUAAGACAAAACUCAACAAUUCCGCCUAACUGUUUUUAUUUUAUUAUUUAAAUUUUUAAAAAAUGCUUUUACUAAUUGACUAUAUGGUCAACUUUAUUUCUUAAUUACUUUGUAUAUAAAUAUAUAAGGAGGGUUGGAAGUUAAGAUCAGUAUGCAUCACAAGUGAAAGAGAAUCUCAAAAUAUUAUGCAAUGAAACACUUCAAUUGAGUAUCAAAAUUUAAUCCGUCGAAUCUUAAAGAUCUGGUUUAAAGCAUUAGCAUUGACAUUAAUUCCCAAACUUGAUUUUUCGAGGUAAUCAGAUUUUAGUGAAGUAAUGUUCAUCUGUUUUUAGACUUUGAUUGAAAUUUAAAGUGAAAUAUGUACAAAUGAAGAAAAUCGUAAUGCAGAAAAGGGAAAAUACAAAUUUUCAAGUUAUUUUUGAUGUCAGGUUAGUAUGGCUAUGAAUGAUAACUCUUCAUGCAAAAACUUUGAAUGUAAAUAUUAUUUUGUAAUUUAUGACGUUUCCAAAUUUUACCCAGCUCCAAAUUGUAUUACCAACCUUUAAAUUUCCCUGCAUAGUGAAGAAGUACUUAAUAUUAGCUUUGUAAAUCAUUUCUAUGGCGUCCAAUAGUCGAAGGGGAGCGAACUAUAACAUCCAAAUCCCAUGUUCAUUUUCCUGUCAUUGUUCAUUCGUUCAUAUCUUUCUCCGUACCACUCUAUCCUGUUCGUUUGUGACCUUUCAACCUGUCAAAUAUUGUUAUUAUAAUUGAUAUCUACAUAUGUACAUGUAUAUAUAUAAUUAUUACAUGAAGUUGAUAAUUUAAUUUUACCAUCCCCCCUAUAUGCUCAAUUAAUUGUCUGACUUUUUACUGUUGAUACUCUGUGUGUUAUAUAUGUAUGGUCUAGAUAGUUUGUAAAAUGUACAUUACAUUGUAUUAUGUUUUCAAACCAAAAAAAAAACAAACCAAUAGUGUUUUUAUAGGGCGCCUUGAAGAUAAAUUUCAAAUAUAUUUGAUUUAUUCCACUUUAUUGGGCGUAAUUUUAUAAAGAUUGCUUGCUUGUAACCGUUAAGGAUUAAAAAUUAUGUUUCGCAUCUUGUAAAGAUGGGUGUAUUUGAUUGGAGUGAAUUUAGGUGAAUCCAAUUUGGUAUUAGUUUUUAUUUCAACCAUGGCUAAAGUUGAUUGCUUAUUAUCCAAAUCCUAUCACAUGUUAGUCUAUAUAUAGAUAUAUGGAACCCGAUAUCAUAUUGUAGUACAGACAAGCGUAUUCCAAUACGUAUUGCAAUAUAUAACAAAAUCUAUUUUCAAGAGAAAACGACUGUUUGUCAUAAGUGCGGUGCUUCAGCAGAAACAAUUUUCAUAUUCAUACUAAUGAAAUUUUGAAUGUCUUUUGGUGAUUGUAAAACAAAAAAAACCUAAAAUUCCAGUACUAAUACAUCAAAUAAAUGUCUGAAGUCACCAAUAAUUUUCACAAACUCUUGUUGAGCUUUUGUUUGAAUUAAUUUUAUUGAAUUUUAUAAAUGAUAGAAAUGGUGUUUUUAUACAAUUGGAAUAAAAUCAACUAAAAGUCUAUCUCAUCUGCAACCAAAAUAAAGACAGAGUGAAAAUAAAGACUGAUUAUGUACAAUGUAAUGUGGAAGAUCUUUAUUGCAAUAAUCAAUAUAUCAAAUUUUUUUUACGAUAAUUCUGUAAAUAUAACAUAUGGGGAUGAAAACUACCAGCAUUCGAAUGUGGAAUUCUUUGAAAGUAAAUAUAAAGGAAUCCACAAUGGAAUAAGUCUCAAUCAAAUACACCCACUACAGAACAAACAGGUUCAACAGUCCAUGCUUUACAACUCAUUCAUUCAUUACAUGAUCUGAUUUUAAUAAUCAAUUCUUACUUCUUAAGUCUUUAAAUAGCAUUUGAUUUGUGUACUUACUUUAAUUAGGGUAAAAAAAAAAUGUAAACUUUUGUAUUGUUACAAUUUAGAACACUGUUAUUUAAAUGAAUUUAAUUUAAUUAUUUAUUUUUUUGACGAUACAACGAAAAUUAUUUAAAUUAAUUCUUUUUUCAAUUCAAUAUUUGAGAUAUGAUUUUAGUAUAUCAAAAAAGUUAGAUUUUAUACUGGCUGGAGAAAAAAGUCAUCCAAAGACUGUGCAACAUUUAGUUUACACUGGAACACAAAUAAAUAGGCAGUGUAUUGGAAGAAAAAAAAAAUUGCAAUUACUAUUUGGAGCAUUUUACUUCAUAUGUGCUAUUCAUAGUAAAUUAUCUCAUUACUUCUGCAAUAAAUUAUAUUACAUACAGUAGUCUGUUUAUUGCACUAAAGACAAUGAAAAUGUAUAUUUACAUAUAAUUUAAAUGUAAGCUGUGGCUUUAUUUUCAGUUAAUUUCUUGUUAGACUUUAUGGUUCCUUGUGAAAUUGUUGAUAAAUUGAGCAAGAUUAGAUUGUAUAUGUUAACUUAAUGUUGCCCGUUAUUAAACAUAUCUUAUUUUGUAAUUUUUUUAUUGCCAUAUUAUCCUUGUUAUCAUUUAUCAGAUUGUUAUGAUUACAAAAUCAAAAUGAGUUAAACUUUAUUAUUACUUUAUUUUUAUUAAUAUUUUAUUCAACUUUUAUUUAUCGGGUAUAUUACUUAUAAAGCCAAGUUCAACAAGGUUAUUUCUAGAUCAGCAAAGACUCGUGAGCGUGUACUAAAUUUGAUAAUAUUUCUGAUAUAUGUCUUCAACAUUUUAUUCUUGACAAUUAUUGUCCAGUGGAUAAAGUAUACAUCAUUUUCACCAUGGACUGUUGAUACAAAUUGGAAUUAGAUUAUUUAAUCAUUGCUGGCUACUCUGUCAAUCGGACAUUGACACUUGACAGUGUUUAUCCUGAUUUUCCUGCCUUGUUUUUCCUUUUACAGUGGUAGAGGAUAGAUGUCUUGUGAUAGAAAACCAAGGUGUAUCUAUAUACUGAUUGGUGUUUAUUUAAAAGAACGCUUAUGAAGAGUAAACAAAAACACCACUGUCCUAUUCAAAAUUUGUCUAAUAGUAUACACUGCAUGGCAUAUGCCAAUCUGCAUUAACCUUGCAGAAAAGUAGGACGUUAAACCUCUAAUAAUUUCAUUGUUCAAAUUAAUAGCUCUAUGAUAGUCGACAUUAAAUACAAUGUAACAUUAUACCUUUUUGACAAUUCUAAGGUCGUAUGGUUUUAAUUAAAUAUGUUUGUAUCUUGUUAUUUUUAAAGACUAGUAGAAUUGUAUUAUGUUAUAAUGAAGUUUAACUCUGUGAUGUGUGUAUAUAUUAUAUAGUAUAUAUCUUUUAUAUUUAAUUUUCUAGGUUGUGUGUAAAUAUGUAUAUGUAAUUCUGUGCUGACAAUAUGGCACAUCUAUUUGUGUAGUUGUUAAAAGCUUGAACUAAAAUUGAAUUGAGGACUGGUACAUGCCAAUUAAUAAUAUACUCACUUUGUGCAGUGCAGGAUUUAAACUUUGUAAGACCCUAAGCUAUAAAGAGUAUUUAAAAGGAAAACUUUUGUGAGGCUCUAAAAGUUUAUGUCUGAAUCUGACACUGUCUUUAUGGUUAAUUUUUCUCAAUUGGUCAUGCUCAUGGGGUGGAUCAAAAUUUAAAACGUUGAUUAUAACGUACCUGUUUCAUGUAUACAAGUUAACUUUUCUUAGUCUAUGUGACUGCUGAAAACAUUUUUAUGCGUAAACAAAAGGCUUAGUGUACUGUGUGUUUUGGAAUUUUAAGCACUUGUUAAGAUAAAAUAAAUACCUGACUAUGUAAAUAUGCAUAGACAAAUCAAAUUGGUUUGAUAAAAAUGUUUGUAGUAUAGAAUCUCGCAAAACAACUACAUGUAGAUGUAGUCUUUUAAUUUUUGAUAUACAAUCUUAAAUGCUCAUGACAAAAUUAGAUUUCUAUUUUUUUAAAGAAAACCUUUUCUUAGAAUCUCUAAACAAUGAAGUUUUAUACAAAUGAAUAUUGACUGCACUAUUUAUGACAAAACAUUGUUGUAUUUGACACAUACAUUGUGUAUGGAGCGCACCAAAGUCUUGACACUCAUUUAUUUAUAUUUUUCGUUUAUGAACCUUCUACAUUGAUUAUCAGCUUAUCCCAUUAUUGAUGUGCAAUGUAAGCUAUUCCUUUAUCCCCUUGCCAUCCUCAUGUGAAUUUAUCAAGACUAUCUGCAUAAUAGAUCAAAAUCCACGGUUAUGUAUUGUGGAGCUCAGGAAUUUAGUUUAGUAUGAGGGGGAGGGGGGGUACCGUAAUAACAUCAAUAUGAUCUGAAAUUAAUGGAAGGUGCAAUGUAUGGGAUAAAGGAUUAAGCUUUUUUAACAGAAAUAUAUUAUAAAAACAACUUUCCUGUAAUAUAAUAUAUGAAUAUUGUUUUAAUAUUAAUUAAAAGUGUUAUGUAUUAGAUGUAAUGUAUAUAAAGGCUAAUGUCCAUCAAUACGUAUCAUGACUACAGUACAACUACGUAAAUAAUGUAUCUGCAAAAGUUGUGUCAUAGCCUUGGAAUAAUGCAUUCAGUGGACAUGGCAUAUCUUUUUAAGUUGUGGUUUCAAUUCUUGAUAUUUGUUGGACACAGACCUUUAAUUCAGGUAACACUUAAUUAAAUAUUGUACUGUCCCAAUAAUGAUAAUCAUCAUUGAUAGCUUUUCUUAUAAUAAAAAGUGCCGUAAACAUCAUCAGACCUCAAAUUAUAAUCUCUCUCUUACACUUAAUAUCUGUUUUAAUUAUUUGUCAAUAUUUAUGAUGUGUGGUUUUUAUUAAAUCUUCUAAACAAAUAUUUAAAGUUAAGCUGUAUAUGAAUCCCCUAAGUCGUUGUUCUUGAAAAUGGCUUUAAUUGAAUAUGAAACAUGUAUGUUAAAUUACUCAUUAUUCUCAGCAAGACUAUAUUGGAUUUUCAAGUUUUUCUACCAGAAAUUAUCAACCUGUUCAAAUUCUUGUACAUUUCAUAUCAAAUGUAAUGAGAUGCAUUGACAGUUAAUUAACUGUAUUCAGUUUUCUGCACACUGACUGAAUACACGAUAUUGUGUAUAUUAUUAGCGAUUUUAUAAGUUUUAGAUUGUUUGAAAUUUUAUAUUCCAUCUUGCCGCAUACCUUUAGCUAUAUGUAGUAGAGAAAUCAGAAACAAGUUUUUAAUUGAAAACUAUUUCUUGUUAGAGGAAUUUGUAUGGUUAUAAGAGCAUUUGCUUUAGGCCAAACUAAUUUAAUUAUUAGUUCUUCAGGGAGGGGUUGGGUGGCCGAAUGGUUAACGCAUACAUGUUGUAUCAUAAGGUGUGUCAUCGAGUCGAGUGGUGUGGUUUCGAUUACCCACUUGUACAUGACAAGGAGUAGGGUCACCUGUCCAUCCUCGUGGGUUUUCUCUGGGUAUUUCAGUUUCCUCCUAUUGCUAAAGACCCCUACGUGCAAGUGAAUUAAUAAAAUACAAUUGAUCCAUAUGUUAGUCCCAAAAUGACCUAGUUUGAGUCAAGUGGAUGUUAAACCCCAUUUCUCUCUAUUAGUUCUUCAGGGUCUUCAAAAAUAAAUAACCCACAUCCUUUCUUGUGUGGGAUGUUUGGUUAAAAUUUCAAAAGUUAAAUAAUGGGAACUAAAGCUUUAGAGAAGAGCAAUGAUGUUCUUUUUGUUCUUAAAUUAAUAUUUUACCUGAAGAAAUUUGAGGCAGAUUUUUUUAAUUUGGUGUUCCUGAAGAACAGAAUUCAAAUUGGUGUGGCCUUACCAUAUUUCUAAUUGAUUGUAUCAUCGGGACAAUGCUGUGUUGAGAUAUGAUUUCAUAUAAAGGAUGUAUAAUGGGUUAUUUUAAUCAGUUUUGUCAUGAUUAAUUGUGUUAUGUGCAUUCCAUUUUGUUCAAUGUGUAUAUAUAUUGCACGAAUUGUAUAUAAUUAGAAAUUCUAUAUAUAUUUGUCUUGUAUUAAUUAAUUGUUGUAAUAUUUAAUGAAGUAUCAAUUUUAAAUUAAUUUUACCAGAUUAUACACUUGCACUAACCUUUACCUGUUUUCUAAAUAAACCUAGAUCAAUAUUUAAAAAAAAAAACAACUAGAAAAUAAAACAAAAACUUCAUUUCUUUAAGAAGAGAUAAUGGUCUACAUUGGCGAUAGCUAUAAACAAGAUCUGUGAUCUUAUUUGAACUAUGUACUUAAUUCGUUAUCAGUGAAAGACUGUAUGGUAAUUUUAAAAUUACGAUCGUUUUACCUUUUGAAAUUAUAUGGUAUGGGUGUUCAAAAUUGAUCAAGUAUCCAUGACUUUUUCAAAUCUGUAUAUGCAAAACACUUUUAAAUUCUUGCUAAAAAUUGAAAUAAUUUAAACAAAGCUAAACAGAAAGUGUACCGGUAACUAGUGCAACGAGAAAUGACUUUGUUAUAGGAAAUAUUUUCAGGAAGAGAAUAAAAGAGUAGGGAAAAAAAGGUAUCUCUAAAGUAAAAUUUGUUUUACAAUUUUUUUGAAGUUUGUGUUACCGUUAUACAUAUUUUAUUCAGAAUAAAAACAGCUUAACAUA